GGGUUGUCCCUCGUUUUGUUGUUGUGAUUCAUGUUUUGAGGGAUUUUUGGCAAACAUUCGGCAGUGGAGCAAAGUUUCAAGCGUUUUAAUUGCAUUUUCCCAGAAUUGUUUUUAUAAUUCGCAAAAAUGAGUGAUAAUAAUGAGCAAGCAGUUGCGACCUUGCCAGAGGAGGAGCGCCCGGAAACUCCCGAAGAGGCGCAACCGGAACCGAAGCCGGACGAGGAGCCGCCGGCAAAGAUGGAGGACGUGAUAACGAUCGACCCGGAAGCGACCGAACUGGACCUGAACCAUGGGCGCGUCGGGAAGAUCGAGCAGCUGGAACCGCUGGUCAAUUUGGAGAGGUUGUACAUGCGCUGGAAUUUGAUCAAGAAAAUUGAGAAUUUGGACCAUCUGACGGAGCUGCAGGAGCUGGAGUUGUACGACAAUCAGAUCACCGAGCUGGAGAACUUGAAUUGUCUGGUUAAUUUGGAAAUGCUAGACGUAAGCUUUAAUCGAUUGCACAAAAUUCAGAAUCUGGAAGAGCUGACAAAGCUGCGCAAGCUGUUUCUGUGCGCGAAUAAAAUCUCAACCAUCGAAAAUGUUGGCCACCUAAGUAAUUUGACCAUGCUCGAGCUUGGAGACAAUAAGAUUAGGAAAAUCCAGAACCUCGAAUCGCUCACGAACCUAACUCAUCUUUAUCUUGGUAAAAACAAGAUCAACAAAAUCGAAAAUCUGGACCAGCUCGUGAAGCUGGAAUGCCUCAGCUUGCAGAGCAACCGGAUUGUGAAGCUGGAAAACCUGGACAAGUUGGUGAACCUCACAGAACUGUACAUAUCGGAGAACGGCAUCGAGCGAAUUGAAAACCUCGCCGAGAACAAAGCGCUGGAGACGCUCGAUUUGGCCAAAAAUCGCGUCAAGGUGCUGGAGAAUUUGGACCAUUUGGCGUGUCUGGAAGAGCUUUGGAUGAACGACAACGCGGUCUCCGACUGGAACUGCGUGUACGUCCUGGCGCAGAACAAAAAACUCGCAACGGUUUACCUGGAGCGGAAUCCGCUCGCUGGGGAUGCCACCUACCGGAACAAGCUGAAGCUGGCGGUUCCCUGGCUGACCAAGAUCGAUGCCACGCUGUGCCGUUGAGCAGAGUUGCGGCCAUGCGACGGAAUUUAUGAGGAGGACCAAAACCACGAGAUAGUGCUGCUACUAACUAUAUUGUUUGUAUUUUGUAAGUUGCCUAACUAUUUGUUCGUUGUAACGUUGUUAUUAAUCCCCCUUAUGAUGGACAAGUAGAGUAGAUGGAGCGUUCGGAACAAUGAACUCGUAAUUGAGUAGAGAUUUAAAA